AUGGGUCGUCUUCACGUUCCAAUCAUGGCAGACUCUCUUCUCUCCUCCAUCACCACGUUUCACACAACGAAGAUAAUCGUCAUGGAUCCUACCAAGUACUCCUUUAUUGGUUCCAUUCCUGACACCAUGCUUGCAUGCGUGUCUGCAACAAGCAAUGUUCUGCAACAAUACAAGAAGAUUCCUUCUUCGGGUCCAAGGGAGCUCACACUAGCCAUGGUUCGCUCCAUUGAAGAGGUUGACAAGCCAGCAAAGAGGGGACUGAAAGCUGAGACUCAGAAGGAGACGAAGCAGAAGAAGCCCGCUCGGAGACUAAUACUCCAAUCUUCAAGUGAUUCAGACUCAGAGUAUGUUCCUCCCAAACACAAAUCUACUCCUUCUUCAGAAUCUGAAAGUGAAAGCUCUGACGAUGAGAUUUCGGGUCAUGGUGAUACCCCACCUCGCUCACCUACCCCAGAAAUUCCAGUUCGCUCCCAACCUCCUUCUCCUUCACCCGUUACCAUCCCAACAUCCAUCCCUCCAAUAUUUCCUAUCCUUACCUCUCAAACAUCAACCACUAUUCCCAUCCCUACUCCAAUCUUCACAGACACUACCACUACCACCACUACUACAGGGGCUCAUUCUAUAGCUCCCACCCCAUCUGUUACAACCGAACCACCAGUAACAACCGAACCUCCUACCACUACCAAACCCUUAUCACCUACCCCAUCUACUGACACCACCCCAGUUCUAGGUGGUGAGGACUUGGAAUUUGAUUCCACUUAUUUCAAUCCUUACCCAGUACAAAGUGAUGAAGACGACGAUGAACCUGUCACCAAGCGUCAUCUCAAAGCAGUCAACGAUAAACUCGAUCAACUGCUUUUCUCCUCUUCAUGUGGAGCUUAUUCUGAUGCUGCUUUAAAGGAUUUGUUCUCCUCUGUCGUACAAGAACACAAUGCCUCCCUUACUGCUGCAGCCAAGGCCACUGAUGCCUCCACUUCCCAAUGCCAUAAAGCCUCCCUUGCAGUUGAGGCUUCCACCAAGGAGUGUAAAGAGGAGACCACAAAAGUGGCAACUCAGAAAAAUUCUCAAAGUGUGAACGCUUCGGUUGAUAACCUUCAGCAUUCUCUUCAAGCUGAACGGUCCAACCUUGAAGCUGCUCGUCAAGCAAUCGAAGCAGCCAAUGCCACUCUGCACGACAAUGUCAAUGAUCGAUUGACUCAAUUGGAGGCAGAGUUGGCUGUUGAGAAUCGCAUCAUGGAUGAACUCGACAAACGAACUUCUCAGCUGAAGAUACAGAAUCUCAAACUUCGUACUGCAACAGCUGAACUCAAUGACUUGAAGUCUAAAUGGGAGCCGAAACAAGGGGGAGAGAAGGUAGCGAAGACUCAACCUCCUCCUGAACCGAAACCAACUGUUACACCGAAGGUUAAUGAAGCUUCAGUCAGUAAUAGAGACAAGAAGAAGAAGAAAAUUGGGGAGGAUGACACUGAUAAUGAAGACGAUGUUUAUGAAAAGGAUCCUGAAAAGCCUUUUUCGAAAAAAAAAAUCUUCUGA